CACAAUUGUUGGGGACGCCCUGACGAUUUGAAGACCAAAGAAGAAGUGGUCUUGAAAUCGCUUUUCGUACUAUUAGAGGUCUCUUAAACCACUAAACAAUACGACCAUUGUAAAUUUGCAUGCAAGAUCAGGUUCAACACCCAAACUCUCUGGGGAACAUAUUCCUCAAUAAGGUGAAAAAAAACUCGGCUAAAAAAUUCUUCAAAGUCCACAGUGAAAUAAAUACAUGAUUGCUGACAAAUGAUGGUUGCAUGUGCACAAGC